AUGAUUGACUCAAAGGACGGGCACUUUUUAACCAGCAGCAGCAGUUUACCCCUGCUGCCCUCUUCUGCCACCACCUCUCAAGGGACAGAAUUCAACCAAACACUCAGGAAGGAGAAUCAGACCCUUCGAGAAGAGAAUCAAAUCCUUCGGCAAGAAAACAGAGCUUUCCGAGUGGAGAACAAAGCCUUUCACCAGGAGAAUCAAAUUAUUCGAGGAGAGAACAAAGCUCUUUGGGAAGAGAAUAAAAUCCUGCAAGAGAAGCAUGCAGAGUCUUCAGAAGAACCAAAGCACCUUGAAAAACAGGAAAAGGCCCUCAGGCAACAGAAUAAAGCCCUCAGAGAAGAGAUUAAGGCUCUCAAAGGACAAGAAAUAGCAUUUGCAAUGGAGGAAAAAGCUCUUCAGGAAGAGAUUAUAGCCUUAUGGGAAGAAAACAAGGCCUUCCAGGAGCAGAUCAAGGCUCUCCGAAAGGAUAAUAAAGCCAUUCAGGAAGAGGAGAAAGCUCUUCGUGAAGAAAAAAAUGCCCUCAGUGAGGAGAAAUUUGCACUCCAAGAGGAGAACAAGGCCCUCCAAGUGGAGAAAAAAGCCCUAGAAAGUGAGGGAAAAGCUCUCCAAGAAGAGAACAAAGUGCUCCAUGAAUGGAAUAAGAUGCUUCAAGAGGAGGAAUAA